UUAAAUGGUGCAGUCCAAGUGUUCACUUACUUUGAUAUAUUUGGUGACGCAAGUGUUACCAAAUUAAUAUCUUGUUCGUAGUCUUUCUCCAAAUGGCUACUUCUGGAGAAGAAAGCGUGAUCGACGCCGUGGACCACCGUGGAUUCGCCGCUACAAGAACUAAUACCGGUAGAUGGAGAGCUGCAUGGUUCAUAAUCGGGGUGGAGGUGGCGGAGAGGUUCGCUCACUAUGGGAUCGGAUCAAACUUGAUAAGUUACUUGACUGGACCACUUGGUCAAUCUACGGCGGUUGCUGCGGCUAAUGUCAACGCUUGGUCGGGAGUUUCAACUAUUCUUCCUGUUCUUGGAGCUUUUGUCGCUGACGCUUUUCUCGGUCGGUACCGAACAAUACUCAUCGCUUCUUUUAUCUACGUACUGGGACUGGCAUUUCUGACUUUAUCUGCGCUCCUAAUUCCCAACACUACUGAAGUGACCUCUUCACCUUCGUCUUUUCUCAAUGCGCUCUUCUUCUUCUCUCUGUAUUUGGUGGCUGUUGGACAAAGUGGACACAAGCCUUGUGUUCAGGCUUUUGGCGCUGACCAGUUUGAUGAGAAGGACCCUAAGGAGAAUAGUGACAGAAGCUCUUUCUUCAAUUGGUGGUGUCUUACUAUGUGUGUAGGAAUCUGCCUGGCCAUUUUAGUGGUUGUGUACAUCCAGGAAUACGUUAGCUGGGCACUCGGGUUUGGAAUCCCAUGUGUGUUCAUGGUGAUCUCUCUUGUUCUUUUCGUGUUAGGGAGAAGAAGUUAUAGGUACAGUAGAAGAAGACAAGAAGAAGAAACCAACCCUUUUACUAGGAUAGGUAGAGUCUUCUUUGUAGCAUUCAAGAACCAAAGAUUGAGUUCCUCAGAAUUGUGCAAAGUUGAGCUGGAGGCAAAUCUAUCUCAAGGUUCUCCAGAGGAGCUGAGUUUUCUCAACAAAGCAUUGCUUGUUCCCAAUGAUUCUCUUGAUGGAGAAAUGGCAUGCAAAUCAAAAGAUGUAGAAGAUGCCACAGCUCUUGUCAAGCUUAUUCCAAUAUGGCUUACAACUCUAGCUUACGCCGUACCAUACGCACAGUUCAUGACUUUCUUCACAAAGCAAGGUGUCACUAUGGAAAGAACAAUUUUUACAGGUGUAGAGAUCCCACCUGCUUCUCUUCAGGCCCUGAUCAGCAUAACUAUUAUCUUCUUUGUCCCCAUUUACGACCGUGUUUUGGUCCCUAUAGGAAGGUUAGUAACCAAAGACCCUUGUGGCAUCACAACGCUCAAAAGAAUUGGAACUGGAAUGGUACUAGCAACUCUCACUAUGGUGGUUGCAGCUCUGGUUGAGUCAAAACGCCUCGAGACUGCAGAAGAACAGGGGCUUAUAGACCAACCAAAUACAACUGUUCCAAUGUCGAUAUGGUGGUUAUUUCCUCAGUAUAUGUUGCUAGGAUUAGCCGACGUGCACACUUUAGUGGGAAUGCAAGAGUUCUUUUAUAGCCAAGUACCCACUGAGCUGAGAAGUAUCGGUAUGGCCUUUUACUUAAGUGCGUUGGGCGUGGGAAACUUAUUGAGCAGCUUACUUAUCUCUCUGAUCGACUUGGCCACUGGAGGAGACGAUGGAGAAAGCUGGUUCAAUAGUAACCUGAACAAAGCCCAUCUCGACUACUUCUAUUGGUUACUUGCAGCUGUUAGCGCCUUUGGCUUCUUUACGUUCAUACUCAUUUCUAGGUCGUACAUCUAUCGUUCGGUGGAUGGAGUGUAGUUUCUAAAUAGAAAUAUGUCUUUUUUAACUAUGUAUGAUGAUAAUGAAACCAAAUCCACUCGUUCGUACA